AGGAAAAAUAAGCUCUGGAAGUCCUUUAUCUUCGGCUUCCUUGAAUACUUCCGUCAAGUUGCCAACGUUGAAUCGUUGAUUAUCCUUCAAAACAUAGCAUCCUCAUAUCAAUAAUCUUCCUCUCCCAAUUCCUCAAAUUCAAUCAAAUAGAGAAAUAAUAAAAGCAUCUAAAUUAAUUUUGAUAUUUAUCAAAUUGCAAAUCUAACCAGAUAAAAAUCUCAUCUUCUCGAUUUCAAUUCAUCAAAAAUUGUUCAUUUUUACAGAUGGGUAUCGAGAAAGAUGAAGCAAGUACAUCCUCCCAUGUCCUCAAUGUACCCAGAGAAGACACUCCACUGAUGUCUAAGAAUGAAAACCAUUUAUCUUCACGACCUAAGACCUUUGCCAAUGUCUUCAUAGCCAUAGUUGGAGCAGGGGUCCUUGGCCUCCCCUAUACAUUCAAGAAAACAGGUUGGCUCAUGGGAAUUCUAAUGAUUUUCUCUGUGGGGUUUCUCACUUACCACUGUAUGAUGCUUCUUGUCUACACUCGCCGCCGGCUUGAAACCCAUCUCAAAUUUGGAAGGAUCUCUUCUUUUGGUGAUCUGGGAUUUGCAGUAUGCGGCCCCAUCGGCCGAUUUGCUGUUGAUGCCAUGAUUUUACUGUCCCAGGCUGGUUUUUGCGUUAGUUAUACCAUUUUCGUAGCCAACACUUUGGCUUUUAUUUUGAAUCAUUCUUCUUCUGCAAAUCCGAACCCUAGAAUCUUGGGCUUUUCCCCCAAGGUUUUCUACAUCUGGGGCUGCUUUCCAUUUCAACUUGGAUUGAAUUCAAUCCCAACACUGACCCAUCUGGCCCCUUUGAGUAUUUUUGCUGAUGUGGUUGAUAUUGGAGCUAUGGGGGUUGUAAUGGUUGAAGAUGUACUGAUAUAUCUUAAGAACAGGCCUGUAUUGGAAGCAUUUGGCGGGUUCAAUACAUUCUUCUAUGGCUUAGGUGUAGCUGUGUACGCAUUUGAAGGAAUUGGAAUGGUUUUGCCAUUGGAAGCAGAGACCAAAGACAAGAACUCAUUUGGAAAAGUGUUAGGCCUUUCCAUGGCUGUUAUUUCUUUAAUGUUUGGACUAUUUGGAGUGUUGGGUUACUUUGCAUUCGGUGAGGAAACAAAAGACAUAAUCACUACAAAUCUUGGGCAGGGCCUAUUGAGCAGCCUGGUUCAAUUAGGUCUCUGUAUAAACCUUUUCUUUACAUUUCCACUGAUGAUGAAUCCUGUUUAUGAAGUAAUUGAAAGAAGAUUCUGGGAAGGCAGGUACUGCUUGUGGCUGAGAUGGGUUAUGGUUUUUGUGGUGAGUCUAGUGGCAUUACUGGUUCCAAACUUUACUGAUUUCUUGUCUCUUGUUGGGAGCAGUGUGUGUGUUGUUUUGGGAUUUGUGUUGCCGUCUUUGUUUCAUCUGUUGGUGUUUAAGGAAGAAGCUAUGCGUUGGCAUGUAGUGGCUGUGGAUGUGGCACUCAUAGUUUUUGGUUUAGUCUUUGCUGUAUAUGGAACUUGCUCUUCCUUGGCAGAGAUUUUAGCAUCAAAGGAUUGAUUAGAACUAGUUGCUUUUCAGUUUGUUUCAAAAUGUAAAAUAAAAUACAGUACAAUCAAGAAAUGUCUCAAUAUUCGAUUUUUGUUAGUAGUUCUCAAAAAUUACUACAGUGUCGUAAUCUUUGAUAUAAUACCACAUGACAUUUCAUCA